UAAAUCAUUUCCUUUUCCCCUUCCUUUUUCUCGGGAAAAAGGAAAAUAAAAAAUCCGAGAGAACAGUGGCCGGAGAAAAUCGGAAAUUUCGAUUAUCCGAGAGUCUUGGAGGUCUUGUGGGUGUAUUGUUGAAGAGUUGGUCUUGAUUUUGCAGCGAUGGUUGUUGAGAGUGAAGGCAUGGAAUUGAAAACCUCUGUUGUGAAUGGUUCAAAGGGUGAUUCAAAAUGUGAGUCAGACAACCAAAUGAACGAGAUAUAUGACACUGCGCCCAAGGUUAGGAAGCCUUAUACAAUUACAAAACAAAGAGAAAAAUGGACAGAGGAAGAGCAUCAGAAGUUCCUUGAAGCCUUGAAGUUGUAUGGCCGUGGUUGGCGUCAAAUUGAAGAACAUGUAGGUACCAAAACUGCUGUUCAGAUUAGAAGUCAUGCUCAAAAGUUCUUUUCUAAGGUAGUUCGGGGUUCCACUGGUACUGUUGAGAGCUCCAUUAAGCGAAUUGAGAUUCCUCCUCCGAGGCCUAAAAGGAAGCCGGUGCAUCCUUACCCUCGUAAAUCAGCCGAGUCUUUCAAUGGAAUAUUGGUCUCAAAUCAACCCGAAAGGUCGCCUUCCCCAAAUUUAUCGGCUGCAGAUAAAGGAACAAAAUCUCCCACUUCAGUCUUGUCCUGUCAGGGAUCUGAUGCAUUGGGCUCAGUAGCUUCGGGUCAGCAUAACAGGUCUCCUUCAUCAGCAUCAUGUACUACUGACAUGAAUUCAAUCAGUCAGUCUCCUACCGAAAUAGAGAACGAGUACAUGAUUGGCAACUCAUCUGAUGAAGAGAGGAGAUCUUUGCCAGCAAAGCAUUUAUCUUCGUCUUUGACCUUGGAGAAUUUGUUGUCCAAGAAAUUUGAACUGGGUGCCAAAGAUGCCUCAUACACUAAAGAAGAAGAAGAAGAAGAAGAAGAAGAAGAAGAAGAAGCUGAAGUAGCGGCUUCAGCAAGUUUCAAGCUUUUUGGAAGGACAGUUUUAUUAUCAGGCUUCCAGAAAGAAUCUCCUCCUGGGGCAAAGAAUUCCCAAACAUCAAAGACUGAUGAAGGGCUUGUUCUAACAUUAUCUUCGGAUCAAUUAGACACAAAUUUGUCCCUUGGUGGAGCCGUUAGUAAUUGUAAUCAACUGGAACAACCGAAAGAGAGUUGUAAUACUGAAACAGCUAACUCUCCUAUGCUUUGGUGGACUUUAUACCAAUUCCCAUUCCAUUACCUUGCGGCAUGUAACCAAACCUUAGAUCAAACACCUCGGAAUUCUUGUUCGGAACACAGAGAGGAAGACAAGGAUAUUCCCAAGGAAAGAUCUUCCACCGGUUCUAACGAUGGCUCGGCUAGUGGGGUGGAGACUGCAGGAGAUAAAAACUUAGAGGCAGUUGAUUCCUUUCCCCAAAAACCUUGUACCAAAGUGAGUGUUGAGCCCUCUAAUUCUAGGAAGGGGUUUGUGCCAUACAAGAGAUGUUUAGCAGAGAGAGACAAUGCUUCGGCAGCUGUAGUUCCAAAUGUCAGGGAGAGACGGAAAAUUCGAGUUUGCUGACAAUUCGACUUCCCCAGUUUUACCUGACCUGCGUCCACGUGUAGUUUUAACAUUCUUGACCAGAAUCUGGAGAAUGGCUCUGCAAACUUAAAGAGAGUAAACGUGGAUAGUAGCAAAUUUUUCAGCUCGUCUUUGGAUUUCGAUCCACCCCCCGAGCUCU